AUGUCAACCGUCUCAUUCACAAAUUCGGCGAUUGAAGAGAUCAAAGCUCGGACUAGCGAAGGCGUCACGCAAUUCUUGGGAUUGCAAUAUGCGACUUUGGUCGACAGAUUUGCACCCCCGGUUCUGAAGCAGUACGACGCAAACAGCGCCAUUGAUGCCACCAAGAUUGGGUGAGACCUGGACCAUCCGACUAUGUUUCCCAUGAGAGCACUGACCUCUAUACCUGUAGGCCUUCCCUCCUCGAUCAUGCUGAAAAUGGUGCCGACGUCGAACAAAAGCUCUUUCAGAAUCACCUACAAUACGGUCGCAGCGCACAUCGUAUGCCGGAAUUGCAGGGCUUGAGCUUGAAUAUUACACUUCCCGCCGGUCCCAAGAGCGAUAGAAAGCUGCCUGUGCUUGCCUUCAUUCAUGGUGGAGAUAACGAUGUUGGAUCGAGCUAUUUCCCUCAGUACGACCAGGCAAGGCUGGUGAAACUGAGCGUAGAGAACGAGGGGCCGAUCAUUGCAGUCUCUUUGAAGUCAGUGGUAUCCCUUCAUCAAGAAUCAUGUGCUUGACUGAUGACUCCCAGCUAUCGACUUAAUGCCCCUGGCUUCUUGACCUCAGAGGAAAUGAGGAACGCUGGAUACAAACCUAACAAUGCCAUACGGGAUCAGAGGACUGCUCUUCAUUGGAUAUAG